GAGCGACUCGCAGCACUCGAGUCAAAUCUGAACGCCUCACGAGUGGACGACACCAGAGAGACUCGAGAACACAAAACCCUGAACAUGUUGAGCCUGCAUGGAUUCCAGCCUUCCUUCAGCUCACUGAUGGGAACCGAGUGGCCAGUGCGCAGUCUCUGGCCGGAGAUCACAGCUCUUCACAGACACGCAGAAGUGCUGCAGGAGGCGAGGAGCAGCCUGGAGAAACUGCAGCACGAGAUCUUUGAGGAGAUGCAGCAGGAGGAGAUCUAUCCAGUCUCCUGCGCAGUGGAGAAAGACGGAAGCCGCUUUGCUUUGACGCUGGACACUCGCGACUUUUCCCCGGAGGAGCUGUCAGUCAGGCAGGUGGGCAGGAAGCUGCAGGUCUGCGGAAAGACCCAGAAGAAGCAGGAGGAUCCCGGGAAAGGCUCGUACUCGUGCAGAAUCCAGGAGUUCAGACGGGUGUUUGACCUGCCUGAAGGAGUGAAUCCUGAGGGAUUGUCCUGCUCCAUGGCUGAUGAUGGAAAGCUCUACAUACAGGCGCCAGUGAAUCAGAGAUCUGAAGACGCUGAGAGGAAGAUUUCCACUGACUGUGAAGCUGUGAAGACAGUCGAGACACAACAUGAAGCCACGACUGAUCAGAAGACCGAGUAAAACCCUGAUCAACUCUGAUGGACUUAAAUGAUGUUUCGUUUUUAUAUAAAUCCUGUAUAGUUGUACAAUUUGAGUAAAUUUAUCACAUUUAUUUA